AUGGAUUUAAUCGAUAUGAGGAGUAUUGGGGAUGGAGAAUAUAAAUGGAUUCUUCAUACCAAAGAUCAUUUUACUAAAUUUUCCUGGUGCUAUCCGCUAAAAACCAAGGAAGCAGAACCAGUUGCUGAAAAGCUCCUACAACAAUUUUAUCUGUUUGGAGCACCACGUAUUUUACAAAGCGAUAAUGGCAAAGAAUUCGUGGCUAAAGUUAUAAGGGAUUUAAAAAAAACAUGGCCUGACCUCAUCAUUAUCAAUGGCCGUCCUCGUCACCCCCAAACGCAGGGAUUAGUGGAGCGGGGCAACCAAACACUUGAAUCAGCUCUUGGAAAAUGGAUGGAAUCAAAUAAUCGUAAAGAUUGGUCGAACGGUGCGUAUAUUCAUGCAUUAACAACCAUCUAUAAAAGGCUGUUGAGUUUAGGUUUGCCACAAGUGAUUUAUUCGAUUAAUACAAGUUCAGCUAAGUCUACUGAUAAAUCACCAUAUGAGGUAGUUUUCGGUCAGAAAGCAAGAUGUGAUAUCGCAAUGUGGCAAGUUUUAUCAGAUCAAGGUAUUUUGGAUGAGGAAGAUCUUCCAUAUAAUUUUAUGGAUGGGCUAAAAGAAUGCCAGGAGCGUGAAGGUGAAGGUGAAGUCAUAAUGUCUUCUAAUAUUGGUACAUCAUCAACUUUCCUAGAACAAACACCUCAAACAUUAUCAAAUUUUUCUUUAUCACCGGCAUCACCACCUGUAGUUCACAUUCCCUCGAACAAAAAAAGACGACAAGCCAGACUAUUUUCUAAUGAUGAAUUUUUAUCUAUCAACAAAGGUGAAACAUCUGACAGUAGUGAUACUCGUUCAGUCAAUAAUCAUCAACAAAUACGAGCUGAAGCUGAAGCGUCCUAUAUGGCUAAUAUUGUGAAACGACAAAAAUUGUUCAACAAUGCAUUACGUAAGCAUGAAUACAAAGUUGGUAAUUUGGUUGGUUUAAAAAUCGACAAAGUUGACAGAACAAAUGUUACACCUAAGAUAUUGCCAUGUAAAAUAAUAUCGAUUCAAUCAGCAUCAAAUGAUAUGGAUACUUAUCAAUUAUGUACAACAACAUGCGUAAUCUCUUCACGGUUUCAAGUGCUCGAUCUGUUGGAUUUAUCCAAUUGUAACUUUCGUGACUUACGUGAAGUCGAUUCAACAGCUUUACCAACAAUGACAUUCAUUCAAGCAUGCAAAGCGUAUGUGAAUGCAGGAUUAGUUACUCCUGUUGAAGUAUGUAAUUGUAAUGGUAAUUGUUCAACAAAAAAAUGUUCUUGUCGGGCAGCAAAAAUACAAUGUGGUACCAAAUGUCAUUCGUCAAAAACGAAACCAUGUUCAAAUGUCUAG